UAAAAACAAUGAAAGCCUCAAAAAUGCGACCUAUUCUUUGAGAGGUCAGCAAGUUUAUGAAAACAAGACAGUUGUGACAAUCUUGUGAAAAACACUUUGCAACCGUGCAAGCCAGAGGCUGAAAGUUAAGGGAUUCAACAGGAAGAAGUUUUCCGCAUUUUGAAUGAGCCACUUUAGCAGAUGUCAUGGCGUGUUUUUACGGUCGUCAAAAUUUGCCAUUUCUUAGCUGAAGGGCACAGUACACUUUGGAGCGAUUAGUAUACUCGCGUUUGUUGUUACGAAUCCAUCAAAUUUAUCAAAACUGCCGUCUUGAAACAUCUCGUUGAAACAUGGCUGUUUUAACAGAGGAUGCCUUGGUCGGUAAGUUUAUGUUUAAUUUAAGUGCCCUUUUGUGAGUUUUUGGCAGUAAUCGGGUGGUUUAAUACGCUGAAAACCCUCCGAGAACAUGGCUUUUUAUUUGGUGUUAACAGGUUUAGCCCAGACUAGUUAAACUAACUCGUAUUUCAAAUACGAUUCUUAACAUGUGAGUUCAUAAUGCGCGCGUAUUCUUGGAUCUCUAUCGAGCUAUCCUGCUGUUUUUUAGACAACUACUAAAUAAGCGUUGGUCUGUCUAUAAUAUAAUUUAGCGCUUUCGCUUUCAUAAUGUUUUUAAUAUACCACAUAAAUAUAAACCCGGUGAAGCGAAGCGAGGUGCUUAAUUCACUUUAAAUAUUUGUAAAUGAAACAAUCUGUUACCAAAAGAGAGUCUUUCUGAACUUUUCCGUGAAUGAAUUGUCGCACUAGACUUUGAUCAGUUCUGAACUCCCAUGCAAUUUUCUCAGUCUGUUUACUCACUUGUCAUAUCUAAUGAAUCAGCAGUGCAUUUGACAGCGAAAUUUAAUGAUCGCGCGCGGAGCUCUCGAUCAUGCAUCGCAUCGCACUUACACGGUUGAGAAAUGUUUCUCAACCCACGUUUUAAAAUCUUUUAUUUGUAACUGAAAAACGCAGUCGGUGGCGCGCCGAUAUGAAAAUAAAACCAAGUGUAAUCUAUUCCCAAACCACCCAUUAAGUUGCGGUUGUAGAUUUUCCUUUGACACAAACCAUACAUUGUUCUUUUUCAUGCCUCGAAAACUUAUUUGCAUAUCAUUUUAACUAAAUACUUAGCCUUCUGAAACAGAUGUUUCGUUAUUUGCUUUCUAAGAAUGGGGUUUCCCUAAGGGUUCAAAAGCUGAAUCAGUGUCAACUAAACAUCUUGGAAGAUUACCAAACUGCUUUCAUAUCAACAUUUAUUCAUGGGUUCUUUCAAAUAGCUUUCAGAAGAGCCCUCUAGUUUUGUACGUGCAGGUGUAAAUUUGAGGCGAUUCUCCCAAGAAUGGCAACUCAAUUAGCGCCCUUAGGGCAGAAAAUAUAGGUUUGUGUUAGAUAUACAGAGUAGAUCAAUAUUUGAUUCAAACAUAAACCAAACCGUUUCUUUUUACAUCUCAUUAGAAUUAAGAGAAUAAUACUGUACUUAGUGAAAAUUAGCUAGAAACUUCUAUAAUUCUAUAAACAUGUUUCUUAAACAUUUUGAAAUGACGAUGUUAAACUUUGCUUUCAAAUGCCCCUGAUAUUAAAUUUGGUACUUGAUUAGUCGAGAUCUCUUCCCCUCUAACCUUAAAAAACGUGGUCACUAAAUAAUGAAUUAUUAUUAUUAUUAUUAUUAUUAUUAUUUAAACCUAAUAAGAUUUCACUUUUGCAAAUAGUUAAAGUAUAAUCAUUUUAGCUAAAACAUCAGGCAAUUGCAUUAUGUGAUUAUAAGUUUUAUUAACUAAACAACUAUCAAUAAAAAAAUGGGAGAACUACAUAUUUAUUAAUUCAAGUUGUAGAAUGAUGUAUACUUUACUUUAAGAUCUAGUUUGUAUGCAGCCAGGUUUGAGAGUACCAUUGGUUACAAAGCUUCAAAAAAAUUCAAUGCUAAGAAUAAUUAUUAUUGCAUAGCUCUUAAAAUAUGAAGGUGUGAGUUGGAUUUUCUGCUAUUUGCUUAAAACCUCUUAACCUUUUAAUACCCACUUUAAAAAAUCAUACAGGUAAAAUUUUUUCCUAGUGAUAGUAAGCCUUAGAUGUUGAAUCUUGUAUUGGUUGUUGAAAAAAGUUGUUUUUCUCCAUGUGUGGUUCUAAAAAUAUCCAUUCCCAUUUCCCCCAGCCACUAACAAAAGGCACACUUAUCUUAAUUUAUUCAAGAUAUGCACAUGCAAAGACAGUUCUUAAUACGAGAGGACACUCAGUUCCCUCCUAGGUAUUAGGGACUUUAAGAUUAAAUGACGCGAUGGCAAAGAGAACGUCUAAAAGAAUAAUUAGGUUAAUAAGCAAAAAAGCAACUUUGUACGGGCAGCACACUUUUUUGUAUAUUUCUUUGCUGGUUUUGCACGACUAACGAUGUGAAAAUGCCUAGUUUUGUGUUCCAUGGAGAAUGUAAACAAGCAGGAACAAAAUUUUAUUUCGCUUGCUGAACGUGAAUAUGGUCCCUUGGAAUUCAAAUUCAGGAGGGGUCGCAUACAUUCGACAAAGUAUGUAAGUAGGAAUAAUGGGGAUAAAGACUGGGAGAAUGCAAAUUCACUUUUUGAGCAACAUUCUUGUUACUGUUGUGUCGUUGGAUCUUUAAUACCCUCUUUGACCUUGAACAGUCCCCUCCCUCCAUGAAAUAUAUUUAAAAGUACUCCACCCUUGUCUGUGUCCCUAGGAGCAGUUUGAGUCUAAUGUCUCUUUGUAAUUUAAUAGCUUUAUAAAGGAAUGAUGAAACAAAAACAAAUACUGUCAACUCUCAGCUCUAAAGGGAACACCUUUAAUUUGGGACCAUGCAGCACUAAGUGUGACUGUCUUAGAGAGAUGUUUGUUUUAUACAGUGGAACCUAUAUCUAUUCAAGGGACACCCCUGUUCAGGGCACACCUUAGCACUCAAAGAGUGACUGACCACAAAAUGGUUGAUAAGUUCAGGGGCGAAUCCAGGGGAGGGACCCGCGAAGCCAGGGCCACCCCUUAUUUUUAGACCAUACUGAGGCCUGAAGGGGGGGGGGGAUUUUUUUGAGACCGAGUCCUCCCCCUUAUCUCAGGGUCUGGAUGACUGGGCCCCCACAAAACAUCACAGCGAUAAGUUAAUCAUGAUUUUUAGACAUUAUCUAGCUGCUUGAAAUAAUGUCUGCAGUAGAUUCAGAGGCAGAAUAAAUGAAAAAUAUUUUAUUUGUUGGUAAAUUAUUAACAAACCCCAGUCCAACCUCCAUUCAGGGGACACUUGCCUUAGUCCCAUGGGAGUCCCCUGAAUAGAGGUUCCACUGUAGAGAGUCAAAUAAAGGUAGUAAAGAAAGGCGGGGCCCAACUCGAGGUGUCCAUUUUACCAAGGUGUCUGGGAUCAUUUUAUGUUUUUGUGAAACUGCCCACCUACCCCUCCCCUAAACCAAUAUUAACACUUAGUUCUUACUUAGGGCAAAAUGUUGGCUUAGGUCAUUACAGGUAUAGGUUUUUAUAAGCCCCUUGUUGGUGGCCUUAAUUACCUAACAUGUAACAUGAAAGUAUUUCUCAUCAAAUUGGCUCUGUGUAGCCCAGUUUUAUGUUUAUUUGUGUGUGCUAGCUGUCAAAAAAGGAUAAUUGUUUAGAAUGCAGUAAAUUAUUUUAUAUUUUACAUGAUUUUAGGUUUAACUAAAAUUGAAGUCUAUAUUGGUCUCAAACAUUAAAUAAAUAAAAAUUUAGCAGCAAGACCUGUAUAUUUUCAUUAGAAACAAGUUUAGUUUGACUUACUAAUUGCAUUUUGCUUUUAAUAAUUAUAAAGGCAAAACUCAUCAUUGCUUUAACAUCUUUAUCGUUGGCUUUUAACAAUUAUUCCCAUUUCAACUAAGAUGUAUCUCUGAUGGAAUUUUGUUGUGGACAAUUUUGAAAAGAUGAGUAAAUUCAUGUAAUCAAUUUUCUUUUUUGAAUGUGUUUAAUUAUUUACAGCUAUUAAGAAUUGAGUAGUUUUUCUAAAACUGUUGAAUUGAAAAUCAUAAAUAAUAAAUUUGUUUGAAAGGAUUAGUCUGGAUUGAAAUGAAAUGUCAACUUUACUGCAAGCUAUUUUUUGCUACAUCUUACUGAAAUAUGGCUCUGUUCGAACAUUUUGGUUGUAUUUUUUGUAUUAUGUCUGUCUCUUUAAUCCUUUGACAUUUGUCAGGUACUGUUUUUGCAAUAUCUAAAGUUUCUACCCAAUUCUAUUUAUUUAGAUUUGAUUUUGUAUAUUAUUUUUGUGGUCUUACAUUCAUAUACUACAGCACAAUAAUUAGAUUUUCCUCAUUUAAAAUCCUCUUUAUUUCAAAGCUUUCAUAAAUUGUGUUUGAAUAUGCAGUUUAUUCAUUUUAUUCAGAGGGUUUUUAUUACUUUUUCUUUACAGCUGCUUACUUUUUAUAUUCUUUAGAUUUAUUAUACCACAAAUUAAAAAUUUGUGUGAGGGGUAUAUUUACAACUACCGGUGCCUCUCUCUAAGACCUGGCAUUUUUUAGCAGGACCCAGCAUUUAACUGGGAAAAAUUGUGUGAACUGGUAGAGUUGUGUAAUAUAUGAUUAUUGGUAUGACAAAAUUGAUUACGUUUUAUCCUAAUGCCAAGAAGGUUUCAUUGCGCAUAUAGUAAUACCACAGGAGUAACAUAGUUUACAUAACAUAUUUAAGUGACGAAUAAUUAUCUCACCAUAAUUUAGUCGAGUAGUGAAAGGGGUAAAUUUCGCACUUUGAUUAUUGUGCACAGCCUUAUACUAUCAGGAAUUGUACCUUCACUGGAGACCAUUUCGAGUUACUGAUUAAGUGAAAAUUGGUUAUUAUCACCUUUCAGUUGUUGACUAUUUAUUCAAUGUGUACGGUAUUAUUUUGCUUAACUUCUCACUUUUUGGAUUCUUACACAAAGCUUAAAUUUUGUCUUUAUUGGCAAAGCUGUACUCUAAGAUAAAUUGAGGGGAGCCCAGUGCUCUGAGCCUGUGAAACCUAGCAUCUGAUUUUAUAUGAAAAGACUUGUCCCCCAAGUGCAAAAGUACAGUGAUAGGGACCAAUAGGUGCUGCUAGAGCAGAGCCCACAUUCCUUAGGUGGGGGGGGUACUCCAUUAUCCUUACUCUGUAAGUGUUGCUGAAAAGGGUAUGGUUUUCAGAGUUUUGAGCCAAACAAUGUAUACAUGUCCAGUCUUACUGUUUAGUGUUUUGAAUAGAGUUCCGUUUUGGACUGAAAGCCUUCCAAAAAGUGUGAAGGUCGGCAAUGAGCAACUGUGUAAAUUUGUGGCAUCAAUAAUUGUUUUCAAAGAAAUCUACUUCCAUGAUGUUAGUUUCAAAGAUUACUUAUAUAAACUAAUUAUUCUGACUGUAUGUGGAAUGAAAUGAAUCAGGGUUGUAAGAUAAAGUGUCUUGUCUUAAACAGGGUAGCAAAAUUCACUGAUCCUUUUUUGGCCUUUAUAUAUUUUUUUUCAGAAUUCCAAGCACGACUUUCCAAAAUAAGUGUUUUUCUUGAGAGCACAUUGUCUAAGGAAUCACUGAGUGCUGAAGCAGAUGAACAAAGGAAAGAAUGCAUAACAGUUGUCGAAGGAAUGAAUAGUUCUUUAAACAAUAUGAGAAAUAACAACUUAAAGGAAGGAAAGCUUCUAAAUGCUGGGCUGUCAGUGUCUAAUCAGUCACUGAAUGACACAAGUGACUUUAAAAAUGGUGUUAGAGAAGAAGGAAUCCAACGGAGUGGUUCUCUUCCAGAAAUUAAUCAAUCAGAUGAUUUAGAAGAUUGGCAAGCAACUAGAACUACAAAGGUAUGUGGUUAUCUUAAAUUAAUCCUUGGUUUUGAAGUUAUAUGUAUGCAUUUUAGUUAAUUUUUUCUCUCAGGUUAUUUUUCCCUUUUUUUUGUUUUUGGGUAUAGUUAUGUAUGCUAACGAAGUUGAAACAAAGGAAAAAUAAAAAUUACUUGAGAUAAAAAAUUAGCUACAACGUAUACAAGAGACUUGCUUCUUACGAAUGGGCUUCUUGAUUUCUCCGGCCUUUUGGAAAUAAUAACAAGAAAAGAUGAAAAGCAAUUUAAUAAUGUUAUGUAUGUGUUUGGUUGAAAACCAUUGCAUACAAAUUCAGCUGCCUUAAUCGAUGAAGCCAGUUAAAAAUUGCAAUACUAUUAAGAAUUGAAUUUCAUGGAUUUAAUAAGUCUUUUUUAAAGAUUUAGUGUAUCACCAUAAUAUUGUUACGAAUGAAAUUAAAGUAGACGGUAAAUAAGGUUCAGAAAAAAUAAAGUUGUUUGAUUUAAUGGACAAUAACAUGCCUUUCUAUUUUAAAUAUUUUUUAUAAUGAGUGAAAACCUUCUAAAUGUCCCCUGAGGUGGUGAAGUUCUGAUUUAAAGCAACAGGAAUAAUCAAUUUUUUUUUUCUGCAGGAGGGGGGGUGCAAAUUUUCCACUCUAAGAUUGUUAGGGUCAGGAAAAUUUGCCAAGUGUUUUUGAUUUAAGUAGGAAUUUUUUGGGAUGUUAUUCAAAACAUUGUAAGGAUUUGAGUUACUGCCCAGUGACACCUAUCCCAGCUGCAAACUUGUUUUGUGGUCAUUUUUGUUUUCUGAGUGGUAUUAAAUGCAUUACAAUUGCAUUCAUCCAACAUGGAUUCAACUGAUUUAUCAUACACCAUUACCCAGCUUUACUGUCAGAGGAAUUUCCUUUGUUUUGUGAAUUUAUGGGGGCUAAUUUUUGGGCUAGGGAUUUUUCAGGAAGCCCUGGAUAUUUUUUUUGUGUUUCAAUUUUUCUCCCUGUAGAUUAUCCCUGUCACUUUAAAUGCAGUAUACCCCUCUUGGGAUCUCCAACUGCAGUCAUUUUGAUUUUAAGAGGAAAUUGAACCAAUUUUAUCCGCAUUCUCAACUACCAUACAAAUGUAUUUUUAUCCUUGUAUAGGCAAUUAAAUCAAUUUAUUAAAAUCACUGUUCUUUCUAUGUUAUAUUUCUAACCUAACAGGCCUCCUAUCUCUAUAAUAAACAUGGUAACCUGGAUGAAGAAUUAAACUUAAAAGACUUGCGUGAACUUGUAAUUUAUCAUCCUUUUGACGAAGAUGAGGAGUCGGACAGUACAGAUGAUGAUAAUCCCAAUAAUUUAGCCCUAAAUAGCUCAAACCAACUAAACAACUCUAACCGUUCUCCAGUAAACAAACGAAAGAGUCGUAAACGUGACAGUGCAGCCCUGUUUGAUAUUUCCCUUGAGGACUUAUGUGAGCCAGACUUUGCGGGUUACCUAAGAGAGAAACACAGUGAAAAGCUUUGGUGGUGUGUUCUAAUUGAUCAACAUCUGUGUAUAUUUCCUUCACGAGAUCCAAACGAAGUGGCAUAUGAUGUCAUCAUAAUGCCGUGUUGUCAGAUCUCGCUGGACGACAGACUUAUGCGCACCCCGGUGUUUAGGUUAACCCAAUCUGAUAUGGCACCCUGGGUUUUUGUUGCCUCAAACAAUGAUGAACUAAAAGAGUGGAUGAAAGUUCUUACUGUGGCAGCAUCUGCUGGGAAAGAGUCUUCCACUCAGGCUACAAAGUCUGAGGAAAAAACACCUGUUUGUCAUAAAGCUCCUGCAAUGCAAGCGAUAGUAGAGGAGGAAGAAGAAAGUGAAGAGCAAUUGAUUUCUUGUUCAUUGCAAUCAGAUGCUAAACAUGCUUCAACUCAGCUUCAAAAUAACUCUUCUGGGUUAAACAAGGUAAAGAUUCUACACUGCUAUAAGGCUAAAUGAAUGCUUAAAUUCGGUAAAGUUUUAAGUUAAACAUUCUCAGAACUUAUUAAAAUCAGGUCAUUUCUAAGAGUUAAAUAAUAAAAAUUUGUAAUAAUAUUUAUUUAACUCCUAAAAAGCACCUGAUUUUUGUGCUUACUAAAUAAGAAAUUAACAUGACUUAUGAAUAAAAUGAUUAAGCCGCUUAACUCUCUCUAAAGGGGAUACAACAGCAUUAAAAGAGAAGACUGGCACCACCAAAAAACCGACUUGUAGAGUUGGUACUUGCCAGGCUUCAGUCAUUUUGCUUCUCUUGCCUUAAAUAAAGGAACUGGAGUGGAAACCAGUGGCAAAUUGAAUGAAACAUAAAAUUUUUAAAAGAAUAACUGUUCAAAACAUUUAUAAAAGAAGGUAAUAUUGAAAUGUAAGUAUCACAACUGAUACAAAAAAAAGAAGGUAGGGAUGGAUAAACUGGAAGAAAAUUCAGAUGGAUUGUAAGUUUUGUUUUUCAAAACUUGUUAGCUUAACAGUUCUUCAAAGUUAAUUUGUGUUGCUUGUAACAUUUUAAUACUAAACAAUGGUUAGUGGGCAAUUUUGUUUGGGAUGAAGCUGUGAUUUUGUGGUACAUAAGUGACUUCUUGAUGACAUUAAGUUCUAAAGUGAAUAAAGAUGUGUAAUUGGCAAUAUUAACAAACUGAAAUAGACACUUAUGACACAGUGCCUUUAAAGACGGACACUUACUGUGUUCUCUUUCUCAGGCGGUAACCGGUAGAAUUUACUGCUUGCAGCAACACUUCAUACCAUCUGCAACCGCUUAGGGGGUCCUUGAAAUUAUACAAGUUGUUUUAAAAAAUGCACAAGUUACAAUCUUCUUUCUUAUAUAUAUGGGCCACAUGUUAUGGAAAGAGAGCAGUUUAAGACAGGAUAAAAUUAUUUAAAUCACACAUUUAUUUUAAAGUGUUGUCUAAAGAUUUAAACUAUCAGUUUGAAGGGGAAAAGGUAUACUGCCAACUUCAUAUAAUAAGAGAUCUUUAAUUAAGCCCAGUGGCUCUUAAAAAAUUAAGUUUUAAAAUUUGUUGUAAGUUUUUAACCUCAGAUCAAAAAGAGACAGAUAACUUACAACAGUGGAUUACCCUAAAAUUGGUCUUAAAAUUACAGAAUAUGAUAUCGAUGUUUCAGAGAACUUAGCUCCUAAAAAUUUCCCACUGAGGCUGGGGCCAUAUGACCCUCACCCCACUUCCCUCCCGGGACAGUCACUGCACCCCUGGUGUAUAUUUUUGGCUUUACCGGUCAGGAAUGGUCUCUUACCUGCUGAGCUAAAAUUUAAGGAGAACACUGCACUUAGUACGUGUUCCAGAGUGUCUGUCUUACUGAGACAGUUCACUGUAGCAAAAGAUAACAACAUUUUUUUUUGUUUCUAUUUUAUACUGUUAAUAUAUGCUAAAUGAAUUUUGGGGUCCUUCUAUAUACUAUGCUUGUAUUGAACUAUUGGUGGCAACAAUAUUAAAUAUAAUUAUCACAGUGACCUCACCAUCAUUGCAGCAUAUUACCAAUUCAUUUUUUUUUAUUGACCAAAUUGAUAUUUAAAUGAUAUUUGAGGAAUGAAUUAAUAAAAAAAGCAAACAAGUAUAAUUUAAAUGAAAUGAAAAAGUUGCUACAUUGUGGUUAACAUUUGAAAGAUAUAUUAAUUGAUGGUUUUCUAUUUAAAAGAGUUUGUAUUGAUUCGUUUUUUAAUUGGUGCUGCAAGCGCAAUAAAGCAUCAAAUAUUCAACUUGAAAUAAUUUUACCAUGGCGCUUUCAAUAUCUUUUUUGGAUAAAUUAUGGUAUUAAAAUUACAUCUAUUGUAAUGAGAGCUCUGCAUGAGGGCAGAAAAAUAGGUUGUUUACACAGGAGGUGAGGAUUAAGGUCUUUAUUGGACUUGGCAAUCUACGUGAAACUUAUGUAAAAGAUAAAAUAAGAAAAUAGUGUCAAAUUUGUAAAAAGAUGUUCAAAAUCAGUUACCAUCUAUCUGCUUGAAUAUCUCAUUUAAAACAUGCACCUGUAUUUAAAAGUUUCUAUCCGCAGUUAAUGGCCAUUAUUGAUAAUCACUUCACUGUAUUUUCAGCUAAAAGUCUUUAGCGCUCCCUUUUUACAUGUAACAAGGAAGUCUUGAAAUAGGAUGAAACAGGGCUUUGCGAAUUUAUUAUUUAAUAUGGAACGUGUAUAGGUUUGACAAUAACUGAGUACCGGUACUGGUAAUAUAAAACUGAUAUAGUUGAAGAAGUUCUGGUCUUUUCUAGUUGUUCCUGCAGACUCAAUAUACUCUUGGCAUUAAUGGAACUUUCAUAAAAUUCAUGAUAAGAAUAAAAAAAUAAGUGCUAAUUAAAAUUAUUGCUUUCUAACUCUGCAACUGCAAGAGGAAAUUUAAAGUUUUGUUGUUCGUUUAACAGGAUAUAAAAACAUUAUUCUUAUAACGUUGUUACCUUAGCAAUCAAUGUUUGGUAUUUCCUAAACAAGAGUUACAAUAUUGAAGUGACUCACGUACCGCAACCUAAUGGAUUGCUUUAAUGCAAACCUACAAUCAACCAUUGGCUCGUGCUGUGAUGGCUGUAUUGCUUGAGUAGCCAAUUUUUAUCAUAAGAGUGUCUCUAUGCGUCUAGCCAUUUGUCUGGUGUGUUCUAAGUGAACAUGUAAACCACACUUGAUUGGCUUUCACAUUGUUAUAUUUGCCAGGGAGAGUGGUUCAUUGUAAUGUGUUGUGCCCAAAAAUAUUCAUUUUUACCCCAUGGCGAGGGACACCCCACUGGACAUUCUAGGGGGGAGUGGGUAGUAAAGACCAAAAGUUGUAGAGAAAAGUCUUAUAUAACUGGAAUUUCCAUAGAUGAAGGGGGGAGGGGGUGGAGGUUUGAAAAUAAAAAACCCUCCAUGAUGGGGAGUUGGGAGGAUGGAUUUAUUCCAGAAUAACACAGCAAAAAGGGGGCCAAUGAUUUGAAUGAAAUUGUGUCAGAAAAUUCUAAACCUGAUCUGAAAAUUUUGUGAGUGAAUUUGAUGAAACUUUAAGUUUCUGAUUUUUAAACCAGGGUCUCGGUGCCUCAGGAAGUCUCAGAUUCUUAGAAUUUCUGACCCUUAAUAAGCAUCCUUAGUGAAGAGAAGUUUGUGUUUUCUGUACUAUAAGUUUGUAUUGUAUUAUUGCUGUGUGCAAUGCUGUUCUUUGUAAGUGCAUUAUGCCUUUUGUCUGUAGUGAGAAACAUCUAAACUCCUCACAAUAUUCCUAGUUUAUUCAAGCACAAACAUUAUGAAAAUACAGGAGAUGAUAAAUGUCUUGCUUUGAAACAAUUUCUUGUCUUUACUAGCACAUGAUAUUUAAACAAAGCAUUGUAGAGUAUACUUAUUUUGAUAUUGGAUUUUUCUUCUAAGAGUUAACUGAAGCUUGCGGCAAGGUUCUUAUUUGAAAGGCACCACAGAUCUUUGAUAUUUUGAUGUUGUCUUGAGAUGUUAUGAUAGCACUAAUAUCACCAAGCUUCCUGCUUUAAUUUGACAACACAAUAUUGUUACUCCAGUAAUUACUGGCGUAUUAAAGCAAGCAUGUGCAUGGAAGAGAAGAAAGUUUAUGUUUGGUGGAAAAAGGCCUACUGCUGUUGUAUUGUAAGCUGUGUAACUUAAGAUAACCAAAUCUGAACUAAGUUAUAAGCUACAAUCUAGUCACCAUGUUUCAAAAGUUUAUUUGUUAUGGUCAUUUGUCAAAUGCUUCACAAAGCCUGUAUCUACUUGUCUUGCAAAUUACGAAAAGUGUGGUCAGCUCUUGACAGUUAUAGGCGUAACAACAAGCCACUGUUAAACAAUUACUGAAAGUUCUCCUUUUGCAUUAUAGUAAUAAUGUGUUUGAAUGUGUUGAUUACAGAUUUAGAGCUUUGAAAUUCAUCCUCUUCAACUUGCAUGUUGUUUGCCUUUAGAUGCAAUAUCUAAUGCAAAGCGAAAUUAUUUAACAACAAUUAGUUGGAUUAUUUUACUAAAAGCAAAAUUUUGGGGACCUAAUGAGGAUAGUCCUUUUAUUACAGCAACGGUCAACUAUUUUAUGUGGUAACGUUCAGCUUAAAAUAAUUCUCUUGGGAAAUUUUGGCUACGAGAAGGAUGAGCAAAUACUUAAAAAAGGUGAUAAUUAUUUGAAAUAUUAGUUGUCACCAAUGCUUGAAUGUUAAUAUUGGUUGUUUUUGUUUCUAGAGUGAGGAAAGUGUUGCUGUAAGUUAUGUCAAUGGAGAACCUUUAGAAAAUGGCUAUCCAAACAAAGAGCUACCCAAACUUCCCAAUCAUGAAUUUGGUGAAUUGCCAAAAAUACCAGAUGAGGUUGAUGGUGGUGGACAGUUUGGGGAAGAUGUGUACGAGGCAGUGGCAGAAUUACAAUUAAAAAAUCAGAUUGGUCACGGCGAACAUGAGCACCAGGAUGAUGGUUUUGCUACUGAUGAGUUUGACUCUGGCUCAUCAGAUGGUGAAGUUUCGCCUAACCCACAAGCACAGCCAGUGCAACAGAAAGGCAAAAAGAAGAAACAGUUUUUUCACUGGCUUAAGAAGAAGGGAAAGAAGGACAAACUGUUCUCGAGUCCUCAAGACGGAGUUUCUUUGGCUGGGUAUGCUUACAAGGGAAAUGAUAGUGCCAAACGGUGGUUCUUGAUCAGGGAAGAAAAACUUUACUGUUAUAAGACGAUCAAAGACGAUGACCCUGAAAUGACAGUGGAUUUAAAAGGAAGCGAGAUCAGAGCAGGCGAGGAGGAGAAAAGCAAGCUUGCUGUUCAGGUGAUGAGAGAUGGCGUGAGUCAGUUCACUCUUGUGGCCAAGAACGCCAAAGAUUGGGAACGCUGGAAAAAAGCAUUACUCAUUGAAUCAGGGUUCAUUAAGCUUGCCACCUCUCCCACGGAGUCAAGUUCAGGGGUGUUUGAACAAGAGGAUGAAGAUGACUAUGUGUGUCCUGUAAUUUCUCCUGAGUUACAGAAGAAGAUUUCAACAUCAACAGAAAAGCCUGUGAUAGCAGUUCAGACAGUGGAUUCAGUACAAAGUGCAAACUCUUCAAAAGACAAGGAUGGCUACACGGAAGUUGGGUCAACAAUUCAUGUUGCAAAUCACAAGCCAGCGUCUCCGUCUGCUAGUCACCAAGAACUGGGACCACUUCCUCCAAUACCACCUGAGCUACCGGCCAGUUGGAGAGCAUUAAAUGAGGAGGACAAGAAAGACAAAAGUGAUGCUGCUGAAAAGUCAUGGGCAGAUGAAGAGAUUUAUGAAGAAGUGGCUAGCUCAGUGGCUCAUGCUGACAAAGUAAUCAAAUGGGAUGGAGUGAAUACUGCUAAACCCGAGGGAAGUCCUACCAGUCCCAUCAGUCCUAUGACCCCUACAAGUCCAUCAGGGGGUGGUCAGAUCAAGCCAGGGGAUAAAGCAAGCAAAGGUCAGUGUUAGUAAUUAUGUACUGGCAAGGGUGCACUCUAAGGGGCCGUCCACAUUUGGUGCAUGGGAACUAGUGCCUGGGUAUUAGCACAAAAAGGGUUGUAAGGUUUAAAAAGGUUUAAAGACUUGUUUAUGGUGGAAAGUACACUUAGCUUAUCCAGCUAGUUUACAGGCACUUCACUCAAAUACUUAGAACAAAUAAUUCAAAUACAACAUAACAGGAUUAAAAACCCCAACUGGCAAUUAAGAGGUAACCAGUUGGCUUUUUACAAGCGUGGCUGAGGAUUUAAACUCGGGAUGACCGAGAACAAAUCCAGCAAGUCGCCAGAACAGGACUCGAACCUGGGACUGCCAGAUUGCGAGUCCGACGCACUGGCCACUCAGUCCUGCAUAAGUGUUGUGUUCACACCUUGAGGACCUUAUAUGUAACUGUGUACAUGGUUACUCCAUUUUGCCCUGUCAGACGCCAUUUUGCAGUGAGCCUAGCAGCAAGUUCAAAGCAGUGGGCUGCCCCAGAACUUACAAAAGGGGACCCGUUUCUAGCGUGGGUACUUGAAAAAAAGGUUGUGUUCACAUUAGUGCCUAGCAAAUACUGCACUUGGGCACCAAGUGUGAACACUACCUAAGAAAAAUUGGAGGGAGCCCUGUGCUCUAAACCUGUAAAAUGCAGGGUGCCCAGCAUAGGAUAUCUAGUCCCAAGAGCAAAAGUAAGGCAUCUGGGGCCACCAGGCACAGCCCUGAUUGGGAUACUAAAUGUUCUGCUGGUUUAGUUGCUUUUCCAUUUAAAUUUAGCUUGAGAAAAACAGUAGAAAUUUCAUGAAGCCACCAACACUGAAACAAAUUUUCAGUCAAUCAGAAGCACUACCCAGAUCUUGCAUUGGUAGUGACAAUUCACCAGUAUGGAGUUUCUGCACUCCCUCCUCAGGGGUAAUUUGAUAAGGAAACUGUUGGUGCAUUGCAAAAUGCCGGCUGUUUUUUCAGGCUACGUCCAAAUUCAAACUGAACCCUUUAAGUUCCAAGAGCGACCAAUGUCCAUUUUCUCCUGACGUUGUCAAUACAUAAUCAAGGUAAAAUGUUGUGAGAAUUAUUACAGUCAAGGCAGGUCAAGCGUAGCCCCAAAGAUUGUAUUAAUGAAUCGAUUAUUUGAAAAAUGAAUCUGUUAGACGUUGCCGCAACCAGUGUCAAAUUCAAAUCUGCAUUCUUGCAUGCAUAAUGAUCUCUGAGUUUUUCACGAUAACUCCUCUGUAUUCAGUCAGAUUGAAAAAUGUUUGAAUGGAAAAAAUUGUUUGAAAGAAUUUACAUCAAAUUCAAGAAAACUGAGCUGGCAGAAAUGUCAUGACUACCUCACUCCUUGCGUGUGAAUUCACUGCUCAUUACGUAUGCAGGAGUGCUGAGAUGAAACUGAAAUCUACAACCACCAAUGGAUUCAAAUAACAAAUUCAUUAAUGCCAUCUUGGGGGGGUACGCUUGACCUUCCCUGGCUGCAAAAUAAUCCUACCAGCAAAGGGAAAAUGAUUUGGUCUUCUAUCAAAUUCUCUCAUCUAAUUCUUUAAGAAACUGUGUGGAGAUUGGUCUGAAGAAUUUGAAUUUGGAUAUUGGGGGUUUAAGGGGCUAGGUUAUGAGGGGUUUUACAUUUUUUAACAAAGGUAAGCUGAAAGUAUAGCUAAGUAUUGCCAGUCAUCUUUGUGUCGUACUCGGAAUUCUAAAUGGCAGAUAUCAACUGACAUAUAAAAUUAUUCAAAGAGAAAACAACACAAUGAUGGUAGUUACAGUUUGGAUCAUUUUUCAGGACACAGGAGUUAACUUGAAAAAUUUGGCUUAUCUUUUUUUUUCCAAGUUGUAAUUCAUUUCCAUCCUGGCCGUCAUAAAACAUACCUUUAUAUUUGAGGCAUAGUAGAAGAGUAAUUUUCAAUAAUUUCAUGGUUUUCUCUUAUUCCAAUGUAUUUUUAGCGUUUUAAAGUGAUAUAGCUGAUUCAGGUUGCUUUGGGCAUUGGUAAUUGGGCACUGGGAAUCUAUUGUUUUGUAUUGACUCAAGUAAACUAUUGCACUGUUCUGUAUGUCCAAGUAGCCAAUGUCCAAUUGCCAAAACAACCUUUAUUGAGUUAGGUAUAUAAAGUGAAUACAUGAUGACAUAGCUCCUUUGAGAAUAUUUAUAUUAAUUUGUUUUCAUUCUUCUUAGUUUGUGAGUUCAUGCUUUUGUAAAAAAACUCAAUGGAAGAUAUAUCUGUUGGUUUUCAGCCACCAUAUUGGCCCCUCUCAGAGAGACGCCAACAUGGCAUCCCCAUACAAAUACAUCUGGAUGUGAAAGGGGUACCAUUUGUCAUUAGAAGGUUUACGAAAGGGUUACCUCUCAAAAAUGGUAUAUUUUAAAAAAGGGGAAGGAGUUGUGCCUCAGGGCAGAGCCUCCCCACAUAAAACUUUGGGCAAUUGAUGUUUCAGGGUAAUUGACCACGAAAACCCCGUAAUCCCCCUAGCCUGUAUCACAGACACUUUAAGCCUUCUGUAUAGACAGACUAUACUAAUUCUAGACGAUGUGUGGGCCGACUAUCCCCCCUCCCCCCCCGCUCCUCUAAGUCAACAUUAACACUUACUUCUCACUUAAGGGAGGGGGAGGUGGUGAGUCACCCAGAAACCCCAAUUGAUCCAAAGUUUGUUGAGUGCCCCCCCCCCCCUUGUGGCUCCCAUGCACAAAACGUGCUACCCCUUAGUUUAACUUACAGUAUAUUCUCUUACCCAGGCUCUAAACUGACCAAAGGAAUUCUCAAACUGGCCGAUACUCUCACCAAAACGGCGAAAGGCAAGUCGUCAACUGAGAAGCAAGCAACAUCACUCACCUCAACUACAGAAAUCCUAAGUGAGACAGAUAACAGCGCUACCAACGGGUCAGCAGAAAGAAACUCUUCUACUGACGGUCAAGUUAGUUACGUUGACCGACCAUCGUCGAUAACUGACAAUCUGUUGAAUAAAGAUGACGAGAAUAAGAAAGACGAGUUGGAGGUUGGUAUGGAGAAUGAAGGAGCGGUGAGUGAUGAUGGAAACCAGGACGGUGGUUAUCUUGUCCUCAGAGAAGCUACUGUUGAGGAGAAAGAAGUUGAAUUAAAAGUGCAACAGAAGAUAGAGGCGCUUAAGAAAGGAGAGGAACCGGUGAGCUAUUGUUGUUAUUGUUAUUGCAGUUGUCUUAUCUUUUCAUGCGAAAUUAUGGGGUGUCUACGAAAAAUCAGAAAAAUGAGUGGCACUCCUGUCACGGUUUGCCUGUGAAGAUUCAAACCCUUGCUUGCCUUGAGCCACUGGGUUAGUAUUCCUUGUUGUCUUAAUCGUUACGUUGCAGUGGAAGCGAAUAAAUUAAAGGUUAAGAUUAGGGAUUUUUUUACCUGUGCUUAGUACGCCGGCCUGUUUCAAGGUAGUUUGUGGGCGGCCAUUUUGACAGAGACGAACACUGCGAGGACUGGGGCCGACAUUCCUAUGGUAACAGUUCGGAAAAGUUCGGAACCGAAGUUCUGAAUUGAUGUUUUACCUUCGGCCCGCGAUCGGAAAUCUGCAUAAAGCGACUAUUUAAAGGAUGCUAAAUUUGUAUUAAACUAGUAAAAAGGUGCACCUCUUCUACUUGCAACGAAAAAGUAUACUGAUCAAAAGGGAAAAAACAACUUGUUUUGUUGUGGUAUAGCUGUAAAUUCAUUCGGUUAGUACAAUGAAGGCAUAGGUAACAAUUUCCUUACUGUGUAUUAAGGGAAGAUAAAAGAUGAUAAGAGUGUUAAUUGGUGUUAAUGUAUGGAAUUGCGGUCAUGAUUUUAUUUUAUUGGUGUUGAUUAAUUUUUAAACACAUACUUCCAAAAGGGCUUGAGGUGCGCUUAAGCGUAGAAAGAAAAACAUGCAAAAUAUUACAAAAUUUCCCAUGGCUACUUGUCUCUCUGUAACGUAUCAUGGCCGUUACAUUAUUGUAAGUAAGCAACCAAGAAGAGAGAUUUGAACGUGUAUAUAUAUUUAGUUUUAAACUUUGUUUUUCUUGCUUGCAUUUUAAGAUUGGAAAGAAAGAAGUAUCACAAGGGAUUUUAGCCAAGAAAAGUUUGUAUGAAAAUAACAACCAAAUGGAAGAAAAAUCGGGUGUAAAGAAAAGCACCACUUCAAAAAUGACGAAAGAGAACGGAUUGAUCGAAAAGAAAGAAGUUGUUGUGGAAACGAAAGACGCUGAAACUAAAAAGGCUGACGCGAAAAACACUGUCGAGAGUCGUAACAGAAAAGAAUCGCAGUCUUACGGUAAGCAAUGCUAUCGUAUUACUCCUCCAAAUUGUGAAUAUUUUUUAUUUUAUUAUUAUAUGAAAAGAAAAAUGGUUAUUUUUUUCACGGCAGCCAUGUUGGUGGUCAAGAAAGAACAAAGCAUUUCUCUCCUCUGGGAACUAAACUCCAUUUUCAUGUAAAUUCUUCGAUAAUAAAUCUGUUGUUUUGGCCUCCAACAUGGCCGCCUUGUCACGUGGUUGCAAACCAAAAAUAGGCAUAUAUGCAUUAUUCAGUGAUGGAUCCGGGGGUGUAGUUUCUGCAAGUAACGACCCACCCCUACCCCCCAAAAAAUGCUCCCUGAGACAAACGAAUUUUAGAAGUGAAUUUGUCACCACUGAGUAGUAGUCAUACACACAACAGUGUCCACAAGUAAAGUCUCUGGAUCUGCCUCUGUUAUCUGAGGAAAGUUUUCUACAAAAUUUGAUCUUCCGUACAAACUUUCGAUGGAUAGUUCCUUUUGUAGCAGCAUACUAGCUAUUUCUUAUUAUUUCUGUAAGUGUAGAGAUCACAUUAUGAGCAAAACUACACGUAACCCAGGGGCGGAUCCAGGAUUUUUUUUAGGAGGGGGUGCACUCGUCUCUUGCUCUACUUCAACACCAAUAAACCACAUAGUUUUUUUUUUUGGCACAAUACUAGUUGUAUUAGAAAACCGCAGGUUACCCAGUUUUGGCCCCUUAAAAGACUGACAGUAGCCUGAAUUUGUGGUUACCCAGUGGCAGUUAGUAUACUGUAUAUCGUUUUGUUUAAAAAGAAGUCGUCAUAUUCCAAUCCUAGAACGUACGUUCGCUAAGCCGCCGUCGUAUUUCGAAGUUCGCGCUUUCGCCGCUCGCCACUAACAUGUAUGUGUUCCAUGAACGGAACCACCCCGCUAACUCUAAAAAGAACAGUUAGAGUGUACUCGCAGCCUAUGGUAAGCGAAGUUUGCACUGCUGAGCUCUUAUUGGCUGAAAAAAUUGUGCUGCCUUGCUAAGCAAUCGGAUGAGAAACCACGCUUUCAUUCCCACGCUUGGCUUCGAAAUAUACCAUAGUACUCUUUUAAGUGCCAUUUUUGGUGGCCGAUAUUCAUGUAAACCUGACUGUAACAAUGUCCAUUGGUUUUGGCGCGAAAUGCACGUGCUGUGUCUCGAUUUAGUGAUACCCGUAUGUGCUCAUAAUAAAGUUUCUCUGAUCAACUUGUAAGAUAUCCUGCCGAUACAGCCGCCUCGUAUCGCUCCCCGCCGUUGGGAAGUUUCGUGAAACACCCCAAGCGGUGGUGAACGAUGAGAGGGGGGUAUAUACGCAGGCUAUUUAUAACCUGAGGAAAGAGUUGUUGUUGACCUAUUUGAAGUUAUUUUUGUGCGUUUUUGUUAUAGAUCCAGACAGAGAACGACAGGAGAUGGAAAAAACAGAGAUGAUAUUCCAAGAGUACGCUAAACAGUUGAAAAAGGAUGGAAAUUCCAAGGAGAAGAAACCCUCGUUGGUCGCUCUGAACAGGCUUAACUUCGAAGACCCGGAAACUGUUCCUAAAACCAAAGAGAGCUUGGCAAAAAGCGAGGGCUUGCAAAAGGAAAAGGAGGACCUCUUGAAAAAGCUCGACAACCUUAAAAGGAGGGUAUCGGUUGCAAAAGACAGGAAAAUUUUCUUUAACUUGUCGACCAGCAAGUCUAAAGCUACCACAGAUGCGGAUGCCGAAUUUCACGAGUCGCAGUGUGAGUUAGCAAGAACCAAGAAAAGGCUACUGGAAAUUGAGAGCGAAGCAAAGAAUCUGAAGGUUAUGGAGUUGAGGUAUCAGAAGACGGCAGAUAAAAAAGCACCGGUGAACCCAGCCAAGCCACUUGAUCGGAAGAACAGUAAGGAAUGCAAGCUGGGAUCGGCGGACGGACAUGGCACAAAGGUUGAUUCCAAGGCGAGCUCCAGUCCAGACAGUGAACGUACGCAGAAAGGAAGUGUGUUGUCACAGAUCAAGGUAAGGAGAAACUGAACUUGAAGUUUAGGAAUAAGAAAAAAGAAACUGGAAAACACAGCUAUGGUGAAUUUUGUCAUAUAGUCGUCUCUCUCUUAACGGACACCUGUAUGAGGCAGGUACCUGGGGAAAAAGGUGACACCUAGAGUUAGUUCCUGCCUGUUUUUACUCCCUUGGAGUAAGAACAGAGGGCAGUCUCACAUAGUGAGUGAGCAAGCUUAAGUUCGCCCUUACGGUUAUAGACCAUGAAGGCCAAAUGCAGGACUAUAGUUGCUAUAUCCUGUAGACUCUGAUAUCAACAUAGAUAUUCUUCACGCUGUUUCCAUUGCAUCUUCCCCUCCCCUCCCUUUUCUAUCCCUAUCGUGUUGACGGCCUUUGAGCUUUUGACCAUGGCUGUAAUGUUAGAAUGAUACAAGCAGAGUUGUUUAUAUUGCUGUUUUUGCAGCGCAAAAUUUAUGAUGUCGCUGUUUUGUCCUUCACAAAUAUCUCUUUUUUAACCUUUUAAACUCACAUUUUUUCAGGCUUUUGAACAGAUGAAGAAAACAAGUGAAAAAUAACUGCAGGGCUGUUCCUCAUCACGUAUAAGCAGAUGGACUGAAAAAAGGAGACGUUACUCGCAGAGAAAUACAUUUUACUUCUCUUUUUCUAGCAAAGGAAACACCUGAACAAGCCGAAAAUAGCCUGCCGCGCGCGUAAGACUUGUUACACGGGCGUAUGGUAUAAAGUAUUUCUCUUUACUCUCGAGAGACUCUUUUCCCUUCUUUUUCGGUUGCGUGUUUCCCUUGCUCUUUUAUCUCUAACCAAUGAUUAAGCUCUGCGUUCUGGGAAAUCGCGAGAGUGGAACAUCACCUGCGAGUAGACCGCGAAAGAUUUUGUUCGUCUCGCGCGAAUUUCAUGCGUGGAGUUGUUCCCUUCUACAGUCUUAGCAAGCAGGUGAUACUCUUACGACAAAAAAAUACAAAUACUUAGGCUUAAUACUCUCUUGCCAUCAUCAAACGUUUCCCAAAAUUCGUUUUAGCUUCGCAUGUCUAGAUUUCAUCCUUGGUGGACAUUCCGUCGUUUGGUCUUCGGGUAGGUACUUUAUGCGCAAUGGACAAAAUGUAGGCCAAGAUUUGGUAAACUGCUUCCAGACUACUUAGAUUCCUGGGUCAUUUAGCAAAAAGUAUCUUUCUUUCUGUGUUCAUUAACUUCGAACAGGGAGUAGAAGAAAAUGACACAAAUUUCUUCGUUAUAAAAAUUCUCAGGUUUUUGGGUAUUUUUCAAGUUAAAGUGUCGACGUUCUUGGCAUCGCUCUGUCUUUUUCUUAGGGAAAACUUAAAUCGGUUUAAGAAACUAAAUUUCAAGCAGAGCAAAGACGUUGUGUUUCAUUUAUAACGUUGCUUUUCAAAGACGAGAUUUAAUUUUUAGUGGCGUUGUUUAAUUUUAAACAUUCUUUUUCGUGUGUGUGUUCGAAGAAGGAAAGGGCUUUAUAAUGAUGUUAUGUAAAGGUCGUGUUUUUGCUGUUGUUAAUAUAUAAACCAGUUUAGUUUACAUAGAUGCUAGUUACAAAUAAGUACUUUUUUAGUUAUCAUUUCUUUAAAAAUUUUGUUAAUGUAUAUACUAAGUUGUUUGCAUGGCGAGACUAGACGAACCCCAAGUACAUUUUUUUGUAUAUAUGAAUCUUAGUUUUGUAUGAGAAAGCUUACGCUGAGAUUUACAAAAGUUUUAAGAACAUACUAAGAUUAUACUCAGGCUGAGAGUCGUUUUCAAAACGUCUUAAUUUUGCUUAUUUUCCGUGAGUAGAGCAUAAAUAUAAAAGGUAAAACAAAUGUAAACCUGAAAACGUGUAAAAGGACCAACUCAAAUACUUUAGGACAUUUUACAAUGUGGUUUUUUUAUUACAACUUUAAGAACAUGUUAACGUUUUCAGGGUCAAGUCGCAAAGAAAAAAAAAAGAAAUAGAUAAAUAACUGGAAAAAGAAUGCUCAGUCCCAGCCCCAAAAUUAGACGUUCUUCUAUAAAAGAAAGAGUGUGAAUUGUUUCCUUUCUAUUGCUGUUAUGUUUUUCAUUUUUUUUUUCUUUGGGACACUAUUAGGAAUGGCGAGUGGCAUAUACAUGAAAAAUGGUGGGACUCGGAGAAUUUUAAUCCGAUUUUGAAAGCUCAGAACUGUUUGAGUUUGGUCUGCAAUUCUCAGGCCGGGUUAGUGCGUUUCUGUUUUCUCGGAGUUCCCGAACUUUUUCCAGCGAGAUUAGUGGUUUUUAAAUCAGGGUCUUGACGUCCGUAAUUAUUCGUCACCCCUAAUGCUGUCUCCAAUGUUUUUUUUGUUCGUUGUACUUUUAAAACAUGAAAUAUAUAGUAGUAUGUAAAUACGUUAUUAUUAUAAAUUUAGGAGUGAUUUAGCUGCUUCUUUAAAAAAUAUUUAUUCUAGAAGGCCAAGAAACGACAUAUCCGGCAAGAGAGGCACAAUAUUUCUUUAAAAUUUGAUAACAUUUAAGGUUAUUGUCCUUUAUUCGCUAAAUUGUAUUUUUAUUUCCUUAAGGCGAUUGACGUUCAUGUAACUGUAAAAGCUUACAACAAUUUAUGUAGUGUAUUUUCUUGUCCAAAUGUAGAACAACAGAAUUCACAUUUUUGCGAGGAAUUAACUGUUCAUUUC